AUGUCUUCCCUCUCUCGUCGCGCGUGCUACAAGUGUGGUGAGCUCGGCCACCACGCUGAGGCCUGCUCUUCCCCCCACAGACUCUGCUACAACUGCAAGCAGCCCAACCACGAGUCCAGCGAAUGCCCUCUUCCUCGCAGCACCGAGGCCAAGCAGUGCUAUCACUGCCAGGGUCUCGGCCACGUCCAGGCUGACUGCCCUACUCUCCGCAUCAGCGGUGCCGGUUCUACUAGCCGCUGCUAUAACUGCGGCCAGCCCGGCCACUACAUGCGCGCCUGCCCCAACCCCCCCACUGGCGGUAUGCCCCAGCGUGGCGUCCCCGUUGGCCGUGGCGGUUUCGGCGGUUUCGGCCGUGGUGGCUUCGUUGGCGGUGCUCGUCCCGCUACCUGCUACAAGUGCGGCGGACCCAACCAUUUCGCACGCGACUGCCAGGCUCAGGCCAUGAAGUGCUACGCUUGCGGCAAGCUCGGCCACAUCUCCCGCGAUUGCACGGCUCCUAACGGCGGCCCUCUCAACACUGCCGGCAAGACCUGCUACCAGUGCAGCGAGACCGGCCACAUCUCGCGCGACUGCCCCAACAAGCCCCACACCAACGGCGAGAUCAAGCAGGAUGACCUGAACGUUAACCACGCUGGCCCGGGUCUCGCUGCUGCCCCCGUUCCCCCCGUUGCCCCUGUUGCUUAG